AUGUGGCUUUGGGGAGCCGACCACAUGCUUGAUGACCCUGAUCUGGUCAGCGGAAACAAUCCCAUGGUGCAGACCUCCAUCUAUGUUGCUCGUGGCUUUUUGAUUGAAAGCACGAAACCCACUUGGCUUUACGGCACUGCGUCGGAGCACGCCGUGUUCUACCAGUACAACUUCCACAGGGCAGCAAACAUAUACGCUGGCAUGUUGCAAACCGAAUCGCCCUACUUCCAACCGACUCCGCCACCACCAGCUCCUUUUGCUGCCGUCUGGUUCUCAACAUAUGCGCAGACGUGCAUCGAUAAGCAGUUAUGUCAAAAGGCGCUGAUGCUUCUCCAAAACAACCUCGCCAACGUCCGCUUCCAGAAUCUUGUCACCAUCGGGGCCAAGUAUAUGGCUGUUAUGGACGGCAAAGGCAUCCCGGCCAUCGAUAACCUCAACGUCGACACGCACCCCAGCUGGUCCCAAAUCAGCAUUCUCGACGUGGGUAGUAACGGCAAGACCAACUUUAAUGAAGCUAUUUGGAUCAACCCCGCGAUCUGGGAGAUGGAUCAACCCAAGUUCACUUGCUCUCCUCCUUGCAAUAUCCAGCUACCACCGUGGAAAGGUGCAACCAGUACGGUCAACUACCCGCUGAUCACUGUCAGCCAAGGAACCUGGACGAGUACCAUCACGCAGGCGCCAUUGACCGUCACCGAAUGGGUGUUUCAGCCAGUAACUAUAACCCAGGGUGGCGCGGCCAAGAACAAACGUGCAGACGCCGCCGUUACUAUAUGGCCCGUUCCAGCAACGACUCCUGUCUGGCCUGCUGUUGUCUACACCGGCAACGACGGAAGGGCAACAACCACAUCUCCCACUGAUGCCUUCCCCAAGCCUCCGGCAUCCAUCGAUCCCAACGCGCCUGCGCCCCCCUCCGGAAGCUGGCCCAAGCAACCUGUCCGGGCAUAUUUCGGCUACCCUGAAAACCCAUUGGUUGAUGAAUGUUCUUUCCUCGACUUCAACAAUCCAUGGUGUUACACUCAGCCAUGGUUUGGGAAUAUGACCAGGCCAGGAGUUCCAGACAGUGGUGAUUAUUUCAAUGAGAACAGUGCGGAACUGCGGACGACGUGCCCUCCCGACUCUUCUACAACAACAUCAACCACCGUCCAGCCCAAACCUACCCAAACCGUGAAGGAGCCGGUGCCCGAGCCCUCGCCCUAUGAGCAAGGCGACGCGCGGACCAACACCCUGAAAUGUUAUAACGGCGGAGAAGACACCGAGAGGGUGCGGAUGGUAGACGCCAUGAACAGAUUUUGUGACCUGGUCGAGCACUCGGACCUUGGGCCUGGGUUCUUUAGGUCCGAAAAAUGGGACUAUCCGUAUAACCGUGGCGUUGGUUUUGUUUCCAUCCACGUCGCGCUUGAGAUCAAGGCCAACUCCAAGUGUGGCUUCAAAUACGACAAAAACCUAUGCCUCCACUACCUGUCCGUGCCAACGGACAGCUGUGAUUGCCAUGGAGUCAAUGGCAAGCACGGAGGCAUAGUGAAGAACAAUUGCUAUAAAUGGACCAUUGACCCUAAUCGUCAUUUUUCAUGA